AUGGUAUCAUGGCUCGGCGACAAGGGCCAACCUGCCAAGAGUGCAGAGGUACGCAUCCUUUCUUCAACUUCCCUGGGAGAGAUUUGCCAUUACGGCAGUGACGAUGCUGACAAUGCCCUGGCACCUGAUAGUCCGCAAAAUCAGCUGCAGCCAAGACUGGCCGACAUGCUCCAACUGUUCUCUGAGAGGCAGGACAUGCCGUCGAGAGAGAUUUCCGCUUUCAUGGCCCAAGGCGCACGACAAGCGACGCCACGUGGGCUUUGGGAUAAGGCUGUGUUUAGUCGCAAGUCGAGCCCUUACGAGGGUAUGAGGCAGUUACCGGAGCCAGCCAAGCCAUGGGACGAAGGCGAAUUGCUAGACUACUUCUACUGCGUUUCCUUCCACGGGUUACCUCGGCUGGAUCCCUCUCGAGGAAGUGUCCGCGACAUGAUGCUACGCCUUGCCCUACACGACGAUUCGGUCUCCUCACGGGCCGUCAAAUACGCCAUGUUAUUCAUGUCUGCCGUCCAUCGCUACGGAGACAUCGCGAGGGCCGCAAAAUACAAGCAGUCCGCACUUCGAGAGUUGAGGCACGCAUCUCUAGUCGACGAUGUUGACCAUCUGCAAGCCCAACAGCAUAUCGCUGCGAAUUUGAUGCUUUGCCGUGCCGAAAUGGCUCUGUCGUCUCAUGAUCGCUCGGGCUGGAGCACUCACAUCGCAGGCACCAAAAUGAUCGUUGCAUGCCUGCCGAGUCAUGGACUGGAACUUUUGACCAGCAAUGCAGAGGGCGCAAUUCUGUACCAGUGUCUCGAGUACCACGACGUUGUCUCACGAUUCGCUCUCCAACACUAUAAAAAGCGUGAUCGUGAUGGCUCAAUAGGCCCCAGAAGCAAGUGCCCACUAGGUGAACUUGCCUUCCAGCCUCUACCAGACUCGGAAUGUCUGGUUCCUGAUAUCAAGAUGCUUGACCAGGUGCUCGACUUACUUCACAGAGUCAAUCAAAUCCGAGCUCAUGAAGAGGCAAUCGCUCAGCUGGUAAAACUAAACGAAGCAUUCGAAAGGACUUCCCUGGAUUCAAGAAUGCCACCAGAGGCCUACGGUAUCUGGAUCGAAGAAGAACCUUUCUGGGGCGAAAAUACACUAUCAGACGACUCCAACCAAGCAACCAUAGACAAUUCAAGGUCCACCUUGUUCCAAGCGGCGACUCGAAUCUUCUUCGAAAGAACCCUCUUCUCCCUCUCAGGAACAUCACAACGUAUGAGAACCAUCGUGGACGGAGCGUACCACCUAGUCAACUACAACCUCCAAAUCAGCAAAUAUCGAGCACUACGACGAAUCCCGCCCAUCGCCUUGCUCCUCAUCGGCGCCGAGGCCCGCAACGACGUCGAGCGGACGGCGGUGCUGGAUCUCAUCGCGCAAGCCACUACGGAAGCGGAGAAGUGGCUGCAAGCUGAUGGAAUGACACGUCCGAAACUCGGUUUCAGAUCUACGGCAAUGAACUGCGUUUCAGAGCUUGUGAAGAAGCUGUGGACUAAGCAGGACUUGCAUGAUCCUGAGCAGGGGUAUUGCGACGAUUAUGGGACCAGGCUGUGCGAGGUCUUGUCUAGCUGUUCGGCGUUGCCGUGUUUGCUGUAA